AGCGCGCAAUACACAAAAUCCAACGAUGACAGCGAGCAGGCGGGCGGGCAUCGGCCGGUUGCGGCGGUAUCCAUAGGACUCUCAGAUUCCCAUCUCGUCUUCUUAUCUCCACUUCCCCACACGGCCUCGCCUCCUCUUCCGUCCUCUGUUUAUAUAAUAAUAAUAAUAACUUGCCAGGCGCGCGCCAUCUCGCUCCGUCCAUCCCUGUCGCCACCAAUCCAUCGCUUCCGCUUCGGCCUCAACGACGGCCGCCACCACCGCUCCCAUCCCUCUCCUCCUCCUCGCCCAGCGGCCAUUACCACAGCCUCCCCCAUCAAGCCGGGAUGGCUGCACAGCCUGCACUCAAGGCGUCGUUCAGAGGGGAGCUCAACGCCGUCUCCUUCCUCGACUCCAGCAGGGGACCUUUCGGCCAACACAAAGUGGAUUUUACGUUUCAAAGGAAGGGCAAACGAGCUAUUUCACUGAGAAGGACAUGUUGUUCCAUGCAACAGGCUCCACCACCGGCAUGGCCUGGGCGAGCUGUUGCUGAGCCUGGCCGGAGGUCAUUGGAUGGCCCAAAGCCUAUAUCGAUUGUUGGAUCCACUGGUUCCAUAGGAACACAGACAUUGGACAUUGUUGCGGAGAAUCCUGAUAAGUUCAGAGUUGUUGCUCUUUCUGCUGGAUCCAAUGUCACGCUUCUAGCUGAUCAGGUCAAAACAUUCAAGCCUAAGUUGGUUGCUGUAAGAAACGAAACAUUAGUUGAUGAACUAAAAGAAGCUUUAGCUGAUUGCGAAGAGAAGCCAGAAAUUAUUCCUGGGGAGCAAGGUGUCAUAGAAGUCGCUCGACACCCGGAUGCAAUUACAGUUGUCACAGGGAUAGUAGGGUGUGCAGGGCUGAAGCCUACAGUUGCUGCAAUUGAAGCUGGUAAAGACAUAGCAUUGGCAAACAAAGAAACGCUUAUUGCAGGUGGUCCUUUCGUGCUUCCCCUUGCACACAAACAUAAAGUGAAAAUUCUUCCUGCUGAUUCUGAGCACUCUGCAAUAUUUCAGUGCAUCCAAGGCUUGUCCGAAGGAGCACUUCGUCGCAUUAUUCUAACUGCAUCAGGUGGUGCUUUCAGGGACUGGCCAGUUGACAGGCUGAAAGAUGUAAAAGUAGCUGACGCUUUAAAGCAUCCAAACUGGAAUAUGGGAAAGAAGAUCACAGUAGAUUCUGCUACUUUAUUCAACAAGGGUUUAGAAGUUAUUGAGGCACAUUAUUUAUUUGGUGCUGAAUAUGAUGACAUUGAGAUUGUGAUUCACCCACAAUCUAUCAUACACUCUAUGGUUGAAACCCAGGAUUCAUCUGUCCUAGCUCAAUUGGGAUGGCCGGAUAUGCGGAUACCAAUCUUAUACACCUUAUCGUGGCCAGAUAGAAUCUAUUGCUCGGAGGUCACGUGGCCCCGUCUAAAUCUUUGCAAGUUGGGUUCGCUGACGUUCAAAGCUCCUGACAAUGUAAAAUACCCGUCAAUGGACCUAGCGUACGCAGCUGGGCGGGCUGGGGGCACCAUGACAGGAGUUCUAAGCGCUGCCAACGAGAAGGCCGUGGAGCUGUUCAUCGAUGAAAAGAUUAGCUACCUGGACAUAUUCAAGGUGGUGGAGCUCACGUGUGACGCGCAUCGGAACGAGCUGGUAGCAAGCCCAUCGCUGGAGGAGAUCAUCCAUUAUGAUCUGUGGGCGAGGAGACACGCAGCCAGCCUACAACCAGCUUCUGGCCUGAGCCCGGUCCCUGCAUAGUAGUAAUCACAUGCGAACGUUGUCACGACCAUGGUGUGUAUAGCAAGCAGUUCUGAGAUGUGGCGAAGUGUGUGGCCCCUGGAGCUGGAUGAAAUUACAUGCGAACGUUGUCGCUGGAGGGGACAUCUCUAGGUCGCCCUCCUGGAUGUAGAUCGUGCCUCCACAGAAUAAAAUGCAUCUGUUCCAUGUGAAUGUUUUUCAUGGGUGGAGUACUCGAAUUCGGGUAGGAAUCAGGUGCAUCACUUUCGGUUGAAUUUUCCUAAUUCAUUCGUAUCA